UAGGUGUUGCCAAUCUAUUAUUUGUCAAAAAGAUAUUAAUGACAAGAUCCCAAGGAGCCAAGCAGGCCUCUACACGAAUCAAUUUCCUAGAGACUAGAGAGCACCCAGAGAGGCAGAGAGAGUGCAGAGCAAGCCAAGAAAAACUGCAGCCUUCCUUCCUCACCUAGCUCCUCCAAGCUGAGAGUACAGAGCAAGCCAAGCAGGCCUCUACACGCUGACCCGCAUCAUAUAGUAGCCGUUGCCGUGGGAACGGGGAACUCCGUAGCCAAGAAAAACUGCAGCCUUUCCUCACCUAGUUCCUCCUCCAAGCUGUACACUGCCUCUUUGGAACAGAAAUAACAGGCACGGCCGCACGGGCUAGGGCUCGGAGGCUCCGGUGUCGGACCUCGCCCUCUGCCGCACCGUGCUCCGACGUCCAAGAUCCAAUCUCGCCCCAUCCCUCCACCCCGCCAUUCUCCACCUCGGCGGCCUACGCGCCUAGCACCGUACCCGUCGACGGUGCUGAGGAAGAGAAACUCCAGUCUUCAGGUGCAGCAGUCUCACACUGGAGACUGGAGAGUGAAGUGGGGAACUAACAAUGGCGCUCCGAUCCGACGGUGACGCUACCACGAAGAGGCUGCGUCUGCCGGUGGACGACGAGCCCAAUCAACACAAUGCUGCGCCAGCGGCUGCUGCUGCUGCACCGGACCACCUUUCGGCGCUGCCAGAGGUGCUGCAGCUGCGCAUCCUGUCCUUCCUCCCGCUCAAAUCCGCCAUUGUCACCUCGUCCCUCUCCAGCUCUUGGCGCCACCGCUGGAAGGGCCGGUGGCAGGACGACGGGAACCCCUCCUGGCUCUACCACCACCUCCGCCCCUACUCCUCCCCCUCCUCUAAGAAGCUCCUCGACUCCCUCGAGCUUCGCCGAUCCCAGGGGCGGGGGCGCCUCGACCGCUACACCCUCGUCGUCGACACCCCAGCCAUGACCGCCCGCCGGUUCAGCCGCUACCUCGAGUCCGCCGCCGGCUGUGGCGUUGAGGACCUCCGCGUCGAGCUGCGGAGCCCGCCCUCCCCGGCCACGCUCCGCUUCCCCUUCUCGGCAGCGCCGGCCAGCCCCGCCCUCGCGUGCCUCACGCUCCACGGCAUCGAGGUCUCCGGCCUCAACUCCCGGGCCGCGCGGCCCUGCUCUGCUCUAGAGGUCGUCCGGCUCCACUCCGUCCGCAUCAACGAUGGGGGUUUGGCAAGGAUGCUGGCACUGUGCCCCCGCCUCCGCGUCCUCGGUCUGCACUCCUGCGACGACCUCCGCCGAAUCACUGUGACGGCGGCGUUGGGGAUGAGGAUGAACCUGAGGAGCGUCACUAUCGCAGGGUGCAGCAGGGUCGUCGAGGUGGACGUCGCUGCGGUUUCUAGCCUCCAAUCGUUUCGCUACAGCGGCGGUUUCCUCUCGUCCUUCUAUCUUCCCGGCGGCGCAUGCUUAACUGACCUCUGCAUCCGGUUUGGCGUCCAAAGAAGCGGCAAUGUCCUCAUCUGCAAAAAGGUGUUCAGUGAAUGGCCAUGUAUGCUCCAAACUCACCACGCUCACUAUCUGCAGCAAUGUCCUCUUUGUCGUGUCUUCCUUGCCUAUUGCAAUUCUGCACGCCGAAUCAGUCAAGAUGGAUGACUUUUUUAAGAACAUGACAGAACUACAGCUGCUCAUGUUAGAAAUGAGGGCCCCUGACCUUGCGAACAUCUACAUGUUCCUCAAGAACAGCCAAUGUUGUAACCUCGAGAGGCUUUUUGUGCAGCUCCCUAGUAUCCCCAGUGAGCUCUUGGUGGAUCCGUUUGACUAUGUGUUGGUAGAGCCGACAGAGAAUGGUUUAGAAAACCUUAAGGUGGUAAAGAUUGUGAACUUCAACUGGAACCACAUUGAGCUGCAGCUAGUGUGUUUCUUGUUGAGGAAGGCUACCUCUCUCGAUAAAAUGAUACUGGUUACUCCCACUUUGGUUCCAUCCAAUGCACCCGGCAUUCAGAAGGCAGACCUUUUAUUUCUUGCAGAAGCUGGUGCAAAUGGAAAAGUAAUUCUCAGGGAGUCCGAUGAUGCUGUGGCGCAACCUUUUCACUCAGAUGUCUUUGCCGACUUUUAGUUGCUGGCCACAAGGCUCCAUAAAUAUCCAUUGGGAACAACUUUUGUCUAGGGAUAUCAGAAUAUUGUUUUUAAGGUGAACCAUUUUGCAUGAAAAGUGGCUAGGGAAUCUCUAUUCCUUUUGUGCUAGGCCGCCACAAGCUUCCCAUCUCCUUCUCCAGCAGGAAGAAGGGGGUCCUGCCCUCCCAUUCGCUGUCGUCCUCAACCAUGACGCCGAUGUCCAGCGUCCGUCCUCGAGCCGCCACAUCUAUCCAUGGUCCGCCAGAUACCUCCAUCCUUGGUCCAUCUUGUGAGCCGCGUUGGAAGGCUGCAAUUCGAUGAAACUUGUUCCUAGGACCUGCUCGGCGGAAGAGAAGUAGAACUGGCGCUUAUUUUGAUCUGAAGCUUGAAGAACGCAAUCAUAGAGAUAUCAUGAGAGUCAUGGUGUCUGCUGGUAUUGCAAAUGACAAAGGCAUAUGUUUCUGGUAGCAAGGUGGGCAGGUUGGGGAGUACGAGAGGGAGGAGAGAAGAUCUCUAACAUCGGUGCCUGAGCUGCUCUACACCUACACCUGCAUCAUUGGUUGUGGCCACGACGGAUGCUACAUGGCCAACAAGUUCUUCUGUUUAUCAGUAUCCAUGUAAUUUAUUUAACUUGCAUUUAUCGUGUCUUCCUUUGGUCGAUUAUGUAGAUGCUAAAUGGUUCUGAAAGAUCUGCAAGUCUAUCGUUGGUUGACUAUAUAUAUAUUUUUGCUUAGUACUUUUCGGACUGGCUCCAAAUCAUCUAGAAACAA